AUGGGAGUUGAGGCCAAUGGAACCAAUAGAAAAGCCAGAAAAAUGCUUGAAUGUGAACAUGAUCAUGGAGAUGCAACAAGAGAUGAUACAAUAAUGAUGCCUGUAACCAAUACAACGUUAGCAACCUCAGAUUCAGUGCUUGACACUUCAGCUCUGCAUGUUAUCAGAACUUCCAUUUUGACCAAUAUUCAAGAAAAGCACCUCUCUUACUCCAAUUCCGCGUUUAUCCUGACCUUCUUGUUGCCAUUUACUACAGUCACUGUAAAGGCAUCAUGGGUGCGUUCUUCUUUUUUCUCGGGGUACUUCAUAUCUAACAAAGAAAUACCCAAGUAUUGGCUCUUCAUGCACUACUUGAGGUUGAUGAAGUAUCCUCUUGAAUGCUUUGUACUAAAUGAGUUUGGAGGAUACAGAGGCCGAGGGAAAUGUGUAGAAGGUGUUGAAGCGGGAUGUUUGAUGCAUGAUCUUGCAGGACCAGAAAGCACAUUAGGUCUACCUUGGAAUUUGGAAGAAGACUCAGAUUUCCUCCAAUACGGCUACCUUUCAAUAGAAAAUGCUGCAGCUGUGGGAAAAGAAGAAUUGAAAAGGAGGGAAGAUGCUGUAGCUCGAGCCGGAGUGGUUAUAGAAGAAAAGAACUGGCCACCAUUUUUUCCUAUUAUUCAUCAUGACAUUGCAAAUGAAAUUCCUAUCCAUCUUCAGAAAUUGCAAUAUGUUGCAUUUACAACAUUCCUGGGUUUGGUUGGCUGUCUUCUAUGGAACAUCAUGGCAGUUACCUUAGCUUGGAUCAAAGGCGAAGGUCCGACAAUCUGGUUUCUUGCUAUUAUAUAUUUUAUCUCCGGCGUUCCAGGAGCCUAUGUGUUGUGGUAUCGUCCUCUCUAUCGUGCAAUGAGGUACUCUACAGAUAGUGCACUGAAGUUUGGAUGGUUUUUCUUGUGUUACUUCCACAUUGGCUUCUGCAUUGUUGCUGCUGUUGCGCCUCCACUUUUUUUUAAGGGGAAAUCUCUGACUGGAAUCUUGCCUGCUAUUGAAGUUUUAAGUUCGAAUGUGUUGGUGGGGAUAUUUUACUUUAUUGGAUUUGCCUUUUUCGCAAUUGAAUCACUGAUCAGCAUAUGGGUCAUUCAGCAAGUGUACGAGUAUUUCCGAGGAAGUGGCAAAGCUGCGGAGAUGAGGAAGGAAGCUGCAAGGUCAACCGUGAUGGCAGCAUUAUGAUACUCCUCAUGUCUAGGGAGGUCCCUGUGUUUCAUGUUUUGCCAUUCCAGAAUUUUUGACAGAGUUCUGAAAAUUUUUUGAUCGAUAUUUGUUCGCAUCAUCAUCGAUUGGAUGGCUUGUUUUACCGAUUCAAAUGUAAUUUCUUAGAU